CUCAAAACAACACGUUCACUACUUUAGCUAGAGCUCGAGGAAAAUCUAGGGUUUCUGCAACUGCACUAUAAUGGGGAAGGGAACAGGGAGCUUUGGUAAGAGGAGGAACAAGACGCACACACUGUGUGUGAGGUGUGGCCGCCGCAGCUUCCACCUCCAAAAGAGCCGCUGCUCAGCCUGUGCAUACCCUGCUGCCCGCAAGAGGACGUACAACUGGAGUGUGAAGGCCAUUCGUAGAAAGACUACUGGAACUGGGCGCAUGAGGUAUCUUCGCCAUGUGCCACGCAGAUUCAAGACCAACUUCAGAGAAGGUACUCAAGCUGCACCAAGGAAGAAGGCUGCGGCUGCUGCUUCUUAAUUUCGAUGGGUUCAUUGAAUUCUACUUUUCUUAGUUCUCUUUCAAGUAUUAGAGAACAUAAUUUGGAAACUUCAUAUGAAGGGCAUUUGUUCCCAUUUCAUUAUGAAUUGAUUUUACAUUUUUUGUCUUGUACCUUAAUCCUCUUAAGAUUAGGGAUGGAUCAAAGACCAUUAUUUAUUCUUUUGAAUCUCAUUAUUGUCAUUGUUAGAAUUGCUAA